AUGGCGUGCGUGAUUAGGUUAUGCAAAGAUCGAUUCAAGAUCAUGAGGGCAGAGAAAAUUGAGCUGAUAACAAGGACAAAGAGGGUGGCACCUAAUUACGGAAAAUCUUUUGAGAUUUUGUGUCACCGAUGUGAAAGGAACAAGGGAAAAGCCCCCACAAAGCAGAGAUGGAUGGACUAA